UUGUUUCUAUGUUUUUUAUGGCAUGGUUUUACAGAUUAAUUUGUGAGGAGAAGGCAAUACGCGAAAGUGACAAUAAUAUAGAACAACCCUCUUUAGUUGAGCAGAUAAAGAAGAUGUCUGGAGACAUCAGCCUUCUAAUUGUUUGUAAGUCAUUUCUAAAAGCUUUUUAAUGAAUGACAAAGCAACUCAGGUUUAAAAAAAAAAAAUAAUAAAAGCAAUCCAAUGUAAAGACUAUAACGAAGCCAUGAAAUUAUGUUUAGAACAGCAAAAAUUAAGAACUCAGAAGGAUUAUUGUUUUGUAAUACCUCAAGCUUUCAUCGUUGUAAUUAGCGGAUUAAUUAUUACAAGCUGGGUUUAUAGUAUUUACUCCUCUAUGAUCGACACGCUCUUCUACUGCAUUAACGAAGAUGUUAUUAGAAAUGAUGGAGUAAGCAAAAAAUUGUACCUUCCCGUCAGAGUGGCUAAAUUAUUAGACGCCUUACCACUAGAAUUUGUUGGUUUAGGUUCUGUUUGCCUAUUAAGGCGUCUAGUUCGAACAAGGCAAAUUAAGAUUAAAAAAAAGAGACGGGCUAGAUACUCGUUAUUUUCAGAUGGACCUUUUACGGAUGAGAACUUGGUUAAAAUUCAGGCCAAACUGCUCGGUGAAAAAUUGGGAAAGUUGAUAGAGAAUAUCUGUAGUGAUAUUCACGAGGGAAAAUCUCCAAUCGAAUUGUCGCAGAGGGAAUCGAAGGACGGAAAAGAGCAGGAAGGGGUGGAGGAGGGAGAGGAGGGGGAGGAAGAAGAGGAAGACGAGGAGGAGGAGGAGGAGGAGGAGGAGGAGGAGGGGGAGGAAGUGGGUGAAGAAGAAGACGGCGACGAUGAAAUCGGUGAAGAUUUAAACAAUCUGUUCUUAACGAAAGAUGAUAAAAAACCCACGACAGAGUUAAGUUAUUCAUCUUCCGAAGAGAACGUUCUAAAACCUAUGUCCUCGAGGAACUAAAUGUAUUCUGAUCAAAGAAAACAAUCAAUCAUGUUAACGAUUAUAUAACAA